GAGAAUCUAUUCUAAGCAGCGCCUGCACCAACGGUGGUUUGUCUGAUUUGGAUUAACAACACGAUUGAGCGCGCAGGGGCGAAAUGGACCAGUUGGAAUAUCUGGAGAGGAAAAAACAUUUGACAACAUGCAAAAAGUAAUACGUUUUAAAUGUAUUGGUGUUUGAUGCAGACUGAAAUUUUAUUCUGCGCAUGAUGACGCGCAAAAGUACGUCUGUCUCCGCUUCACACCGCUAGCUAGCAGGAAGUAUGUUGAAUCGGUGGAAAAAAAGACCGAAGAAGCAAAGUCGGUUGUUGAUCUGAAAAAAAAAACAAGACUGCUAAAUGAAAUAGCAAAUGCUGCGUUUUCAGAAUUGCCUUCAUUCGCUCUGUUGCAAAGAACGUCAUUAAACGGUUUUCAUCCAGUGCCUGCUCUGUGUCCACAUCCUGUCAGUGCUGCCCUGACGGGGGUUGAAUGGCUGAAGUAAAAGAGACAAUCUCCGGCUCUGGGAAGAAAAUGGCUGACACCACAGAAUCCAAGAGCUAAGACUCUUUCUUUUCACCCUUGUCUUCUUUGUUGAUUAUCUUGAGAGGCCUGAUUUCCCCCCCUCCCCCUUUCCAUAUGUUUAAGCCUACUAUGGCAAUGCAUGAUAUGAGUCGUGCCAAGGGUUUCCCCUGUAAGGAGUGUGACAUGGUUUGCCCCAGUACACCCAGUCUGUUAGAACACAUGAAAGCUCACUACCAACAGGAAGAGAAUGGCAGGUUUGAGUGUGAGCAGUGUGGCCGCGUCUACAAGCAUGCCGGCAGCCUGGCCAACCAUAAGAAAUCCCAUGAAGUUGGUUCCUUUCAGUGUCCCGUCUGCACCAGAACUCUGCCCAAUGCCGUCGCCCUGAAGAACCACCUCCGCAUCCACACCCUGUCCCCUAGCAGUGCCCAGGCAGAGGAGGACGGUGGUGACGAGGUUGCCGAAGAGGGACACGAUGAGCGGGACUAUGGUCUGGCGCAGGACCUGUCUGAUGGCUUUGCCCGCAGUCACCUGAACAACAGUGGGAUGGGCCAUGGUGUGAUGUCGGGCCACGACCCAGAUGAUCAUAAGAAAUCGCCGGUGAACGACGAUGCCUGGGAUCGCCCGUUCAAAUGUGACCAGUGUGACAGGACCUACCGCCACCACGGCAGCCUGGUCAACCACAAGAAGUGCCACCAGCAAGGUGCUUUUAAGUGCACCGUCUGUUACAAGCAGUUCAACAACCUGGCCGCUCUUAACGGCCACGAGCGCACACACUCAAAGUUCAAGCCUCCUGGAGCGUCAAUGGUCAACAACAUACACGACUCGGUGACCGACCAACGCUCGUCCGGGCCCCAGGCCGACGACGUGACCAACUGCUAUUGCCACCUUUGCCAGGUAGCCUUGCCCAACAAGACUGAUUUCCAGGAGCACAUCCUGUUGCACAAUGCAGCCUCCUCCUCACUGGGUCUUGGCCGUAGUUUCCCCGGGAUUAUGCCGCACAAUCUCAGCGCUGUCCGCUCGCCAGCGUACACGCCCGCACUGGGCGACCCCCUUCCGCUUCCCCCCUUGCCAAACGAUAAACGUGGCCCCUUUGACCCUAUGCUUGGACCCCCGGUCAAUAACCCCAUUUACACCUGUGCAUAUUGUGGGGCCGGGCAUCCAGAUCUGGAAAGCCUUAAAGUUCAUUAUCUGACCCAUGACCCCCACCCAGGCUCACAUAGUCAGGACGGUAUCCUGAACACUGACGGGAUUGGUUCUAACUCUAACCCCUCGCCGUCUGGGGAGAGAGUGCAGUCUUCGUCAGAUGAUGGCGACCGCCGCUUCAAGUGUCAGGAUUGCGGCAAAAGCUACCGCCACGCUGGAAGCCUGGUAAACCACAAGCGUUCCCACCAGACGGGCCACUACCAGUGCACCAUCUGCUGCAAGCAGUACCCGCAUCUGGCUGCCCUGCACAGCCACCUUCGCAGCCACAAGGGACGGACGUCCAACCAGUCAUCCCUCAACACUGAGGGCGACUGGCUCUCCUCGGAACCCCUGACACUCGACUCUCAGAAUAGCUAUGUGCAGGAGGGGAGUGGCGCCACCACUCCCAUCUCCCUCCCUGGCAAUCUCGGUGACGCUGCUCACUUUGUCCCUGACGGCGGCCACAGCAGCGGUUUGGAUUCGCUGGAGUUCCAUGAUCGAUUCGAUGGCUCCCUCGCCCAGAGCAACUCCGGGCACUCCCCUCUUCCCCAGAACCAUCGCCAGGCUGACCGGCACAUGUGUGCCGACUGUGGGGAAAUGUACGGGGACAUCUCGGGCAUUAAGUCUCACAUGUGCCCCCAGCGGCGACAGAACCAGGGGAUGUCCAAUGGUUUCAUGGGCAACAUGAGUGGCUACAAUGGUUCCGGUGGCGCCGCUCUGCCUUCAGGUGGCGGAAGUGUGAAGGAGGGCAAUGGACAACGUGCCCAGUAUAGUUCCCAGCCCCAUGCUCAAGGCGAUGGGAAGAGAAUGAACAAGGAGGACGAAGAUGACGGCGAGGUGUACCAGUGCUCCGUUUGUGGGAACCAUUAUGCCAGCCUCAGGGCCCUGAGGAGCCACCUGCGAAGCCAUGCCAACAACCCCACAGGGCCCGGGACCUCGGCCCUUUCCUCGAACGGCGAGCCAGACUGGAGGAUGAUCUGUAGCACAUGUGGCCAGAGCUUCUCCAGGAAACAAGACCUGCUGAACCAUCAGCUGAUUCACGGGCCACAAAGGUCAGAUGCGGCGGCGCAGGGAAUGACCAACGAUCCCACCAAUGCCAAUGGCAAAAUGGAUGGCGAUGGGAGGAAUCACAUUUGCGUUGACUGUGGCAUGUUCUUUGCCGAUCGCCAUCACCUGAUCACACACCUGUGUCCUGGGAAGGGAAGGGGAGGGGUGCUUAGCAAAGAAGGAUUGAAUGGCGCUAAAGGGAUGGCUGGCGGAGAUGGAGUUGGUGGCGGCGGAGUUGGGGGACCUGGAGGCAGUCGUGAUAUGGGGGGACAGGACCGUAGACAACAGAUGCCAGAUUCAGAUGAUCGACCACACAAAUGUGACCAGUGUGGGAGGGGCUACCGACACCCCUGUUCGCUGCUCAACCACAAGAAAUCUCACAAGACCGGAGUCUUCAGGUGCCUCGUCUGCCAGAAGCGCUAUUAUAACCUCCUAGCCCUCAAGAAUCACCAGAGGACCCACUUCGACCUAAAAAGCAAGGCUGCCGCUGGCACAGGGAGAAGCGGUUCCCAAGUGGCACCCGAUUCCGAAACGAUGGCUUUACUUGAAUGGCACAAGUGUGAAGAGUGUGGCAAGGCCUUCAAAAUCCAGAAGCAGCUAGAGAACCACCUCCGGCUCCAUGAGGAACACAGAGCAAAGGCCCACGCCCAGCUUGCGAAACUAGGCAACGGAAGGUAUCAAGGAGGACCCUCUGGCAUGCAGGCCAUGAGAGGAGAAUCGUCCAAAACUCAAAACCCUGGCAUGGGGGGAGUGAAAUAUGGACAACAGCAGCAGCAACCGCAGCAACAGCAACAGCAACAACAGCAGCAGCAGCAGCAAGGCUUCAAACCGUCAUACUCACAGGCCGGUACGUCACGGGCUCAGAACUUUGAUCUCCAAGAAGGGGUGCGACGACCCUUCGCCUGCGACGAAUGUGGGCGGAGCUAUCGCCACGCGGGCAGCUUGGCCAAUCACAAGAACCUACACAAAAUCGGCGAGUAUCACUGCAAUGUCUGCAACUCCACCUACCCCAACCGCCUGGCCAUGAAAAACCACCUGCGUCUCCAUUUCGCCCUCAAGAAGCACACUUGCCAGGAUUGCGGCAAAGGGUUCCGCACGCAGAAGCAGCUGACCACCCACCACUCAGCCCAGCUGUGCAAAGGGGUUCCCGGGGUGGCCCCCCAGAUGGACUACGAGUGUGACGGGUGCUGCGAGGGCUUCGCCACAGCGGAACAGCUGGCCGCACACGACUGCCCGGCCCAGCAGCUCCCCUCGUCCUCCGCCUCCCUCAACAGCUCCAGCCUUAGCAUGGAUGGGGCUGACCUCGGGUCAGACGAGCGCCCCUACAGCUGUGACCUGUGCAGCUGCACUUACAAGCACGCCAGCAGCCUGCUGAACCACAAGCACACGCACAAGACGGGCACCUUCACCUGCACCUAUUGCGACAAGCCGUACUCCAACUACAUGGCGCUGCGCAACCACAUGCGCAUCCACACGCAGAAGAAGAGGCACAUCUGCCACCACUGCGGGAAAGCCUUCCGGCUGGCCAGGUUCCUCCGCAAUCACCAGAAGGUCCACGAGGAAGGCCACACACGCUUUGGCUGCCCCAGCUGCGGGAAGAGCUUCCAGGGGAGGUCUGGCCUGGCGAGGCACCGCUGCGGGGAGAACCAGGUAGGCAAGGAGGGCAGGAGGAUGGCCGCUGCAAGCACGACAGGGGGAGAAGAGUGCCGGUACACAUGUGACCAGUGUGGUCGUUCCUACGCCCACGCCAGCUCCCUCCUCAACCACAAAAACACCCACACCAUCGGCAUUUACCACUGUGCUGUGUGCCUCAAGACCUACUCCAACCUUCUGGCCCUUAAGAACCAUCGGCGCAUCCAUUCAGAAAUCAGGCGUCACCGCUGCCCGGAAUGCGGCAAGGCUUUCCGCGUCUCCUCCCAGCUCAAUAGCCACCGCCGUGUCCACCUCAAGGAGAGGGAGCUGACUUGUGGACCCUGCCAGCGCAGCUUCCCCAGCCAUGCCAGUUUCAGGCUCCACCAGGAGAUCUCCCACGGUCAAGCACCCAGGCCCCCCCAGCAGAUGCAGGCCAGGGCUGGGGGAGCGUCUGGGAGCACCUCCGGGGGCGGGGGUUCGGGCCUGAGCUGGGACUCUGGCCUGGAUCUCACACUGUUGCAGGCCCAAGGACUGGAUCCCAACGGACUAAAAAUGAACUCCCCGUCUUUCCAGGGCCCCAGUGGCAGCCGUGGCCGUGGGUCGACGGGGACCAAGUCCCACGUCUGCGACCAGUGUGGCCGCGGAUACCUCCACGCCAGCUCCCUCCUCAACCACAAAAACAGUCACAAAACGGGUGCCUACUUCUGCAACUCCUGUCAGAAGGAAUUUCCCAACCUGAUGGCCCUUAAGAACCACCGGCGCAUCCACACAGAGCCCAAACGUUUCCAGUGCCCCGACUGCGGGAAAUCCUUCAGAGUGUCCACCCAGCUCAUCUGCCACCGGCGCAUCCACACCAAGGAGAAGCCCUUCUCCUGCCAGCACUGCGACAAGCGCUUCUCCAGCAAGUCCAACCUCCGCCACCACCAGAAGGUGCACUGGACCAGCUCAGCGCCCCCUGCCACGGCCAUGGGCGCUGCCAGCUUCCUGGGUCAUCCGCCAGCUGGUUCCGGGAGACCACCCAAGUUGUACGUCUGCGACCAGUGCGGUCGUGGAUACCGCCAUGCCGGAUCUCUCCAGAACCACAAAAACACCCACAAAACGGGCUCCUAUUUCUGCACCUCCUGUCAGAAGGAGUACUCAAACUUGAUGGCCCUCAAGACCCACAGGCGUAUCCACACCGAGGUGAAACGCCACCGCUGUACGGACUGCGGGAAGGCCUUCCGUGCGUCUAGCCAGCUCAUCGUCCACCGGCGCGUCCACACCAAGGAGAAGCCCUUCGCCUGCCGCCAGUGCGACAAGCGCUUCUCCAGUAAGCCCAACCUUCGUCACCACACCAAGUUGCACUGGACCGGCUCGGCAGCCUCCAGCUUCCUGGGCCAUCCGGUGAUUGUCGGCGAAGCCCGUUCGCACGUCUGCGGCCAAUGCGGCCGGGCCUACCGCCAUGCCAGCACACUUCUCAACCACAGGAAAACCCACAAGACCGGCUCCUAUUCCUGCACCUCCUGUCAGAAGGAGUUUCACAACCUGAACGCCCUUAAGAACCACCGGCGAAUCCACACGGAAGCCAAACGCCAUGGGUGCCCGGAGUGCGGGAAGUCCUUCCGGGUGUCCACCCAGCUCCUGGUCCACCAGCGCGUCCACACCAAGGACAGGCCAUUCCCGUGCCACCAGUGUGACCGGCGCUUCUCCAGCAGGUCUGACCUGCGCCACCACGUGAAUUUACACUGGGCGGGUCCGGGGAGCCCAACGCGGCCUGCUGUCUCGGUGCCUGCUUCCGGUGCCGCCGUGUUGGGCGUGCCUCAGUGUCACGGUGGUACAAAGUUUGGGUUCGGAUGGGGGAAAGGGAGGCGCUGACAUGCCACAGUUCUGGAGGUGCCAAGCUCUCGGCCGCUUUCCUCCUCACUCGCCACCAUCUCCAUCUGGUUGCGAGUGUGAGGUGUUAUGUUGGUAGGCUUUCGUGAAGCAGGUCACGUGGUCUGGACACAAUGCUCUGCAUGCGACAUCAGACAACGAAGAGAAAUAGCACUUCAAGAUGUCUAUACUGGUUAGGACACUGAUCACAAAGGGUUCCCCGACUUGCCAUCAUCCUCCACAGCUGGCUGUGUUAAACCCUCCGGGGGGAUGACCUUCCGCCCAAAACGGUGCUCCAGGAUUAGUGUUGAACAUUCAGUGUAAAGGUUUUGGCAUUGCUUCUCAGUCUGCAUUACACGUCAUGACAUCCCAGCCCAUGUCUGAUGACCUUCAAUUAAGCCUUUGCUCGCGGCUUAUGUUGUUUUGAACAGUUUAAAAGAUAUUGACGAAUAACUAGUGGUUUUUAGACAUAAAUAAUGGCUGUUGGACAUUUAACAUUUUAACGGGAGGCUAUGUCACAUGUCUUUUGAAGGAGUUCCAUCUUCAGCGUAUAUUACUCUGUUGCGCGGUUCUGAUAUUUUGUAGGUUGUGGGGUUGUUUUUUUCAGCACAAACACGAGAAUCUAACUUUUAUUCUGCGGAUGACAACAAUGCUCCAAAAUGUAUUGGUGUGUUCUAGCAUUACGUGUGUUUUAGUCAUUAUUCCAAAACGUCUCUGGGUCCCUCCUAGUUUCUACACUUCGCUGUACACCACAUAUAGGUGGAUAAUAGGGUGUAGAUUGAAAACAAAUUAAAAAAAGUGUAUAACAUUAGGUUGUUUACGGCAUUGGGUUUUAUCCUGUAUCGUAACCAGUGCCGGCUCUAGCCUUUUGGGGGCCCUAAGCAAAAUGUCAUUUUUGGCCCCCUUGGUCGUAACUGUACUUCUAUUAUUAACAGUACAACUUUUAUAGGUCAUUGUAGUAUGCAUUUAUUUAUAUUAACACUUAUAUAAACAGUAGUUUUAGGAUCAGUUUGAGAACUGUGUUGUAACCAACUGACUGUUCACUGUUUGUGUAGAUGACCAGGAGUCACGGAUAAAUGACUCUUCAACGCUAUUAAUAUUAAUUUCCUUUGUACAAUGAAGAGGGAGCUGUUCUGUGUUUUGACUGCAGUGGCCUUUGAAUUGGGGUUGUACCAUCCUCCCCAUGACUCAGACCCAACACGUCUUUUUCAGAAAAGGAACCGCACCGUGUGCAUUCAUUGUUAUUUGUUUUGCUACUCUUGUGUUGUAACCCUUGUAUUCAUUCAUUAGUAUUUACUUCUGUAAGAUUGUGUCGUGUACACAUAUCUGUGUUACUAUACUCGAUAUUCAAAGCUCUGUGUGAUCGUGUUUUAAGGGGAGCACUGGUGCUAAUAAGUAACAUCUAAAGUGAUACUAAAGUGAUUUAGGAGGGAUGUUCUAAAACUAGACCCCAGAACAACUAUUUGGCCCUCUUAACCCUUGCAUUUAUGGGACUCUUCGAUAACAGCGAAUUUAGAAAAGAUGCUUUGAAAUACUAUUCACUGAAGUUCUUACCUUUUUGUUGAUUACUGUUCACUUUUAUAUACUAUGUUUGAAUCAUAUAUUUUUUUUUUAAAUAACGUGUUAUAACCCCUAAUGCUGAGUUCUGAAAAUAAAUAGCUGGGAAAAUUAGCUAAGAAAAAGUGUUUUGAGUCAAUACCCAGCAAACCAAAAAGUAUGUCCCCGAACGUCAGUAGAUUUUGUCAACAUUCCCUGGAUGUUCAUAGGAUGUCCCUUGUUGGCUGGGUUGCCUUUUAUCUCCUCUUGCUUUUUAUGUAUUUAAGUUCUGAUUUGAUAACCAUCACACUUGGAUUCAGUUGAGAAGCAAAGUUGUAGACAUUGAGGCAUUUAAAGCUUUUUGUUGUUCUCAGAUAUUAACCAUUCACAGUUAAGUAUGUGGAAGUUGACUAAUUUGGACAUUUCCAUUAAAAGUUGGAAUGCCUACAAUCAGCUUUCAAAUUUAUUCCAUGACUUAAACCCUUUUUAACACUUUAGUAAUGUUUCAUACAUGUAUACAAUACCUACAGAAAGUAUUUCUGUAACCUUUUAUUGGUUUAUGGACUUAAUUGAUGAAAUAUAUGUAUUUUUUCCAUUCAUCUACAGUCAAUGACUGAUAAUGACAAUGUGAAAAGAAUUUUUUAAAGAAUGGUGCCAAUUUUGUUUUAUUGAAAAUGAAAAACUGAAAUAUCUAAUGUACUGAGGUAUUCACACUAGGGCUGUCACGAUAUCAGAUUUUCACUACAUGAUUAUCGUGGCCAAAAUAAUUCACGGUAACGAUAUUAUCGCGGUAUCUAUAGAAAAUUUGAAGUAAAAAAUGCUAUCAGUUAAAUUCAUCUUCAACUUUGUUUAAUGUGU